AUGAAAGUCAAGGUGGUGAAAUGGACAGGAUAUUGUACAUGGCAUUGGGAUUUGGCAUCUUCAACUAAUAGUGAUGGACUGGGAUAUGUUGAAGAUACAUGUGGGAUUUGUAGAGUUUCAUUUGAUGGAGCUUGUCCAACUUGUAAAUAUCCAGGUGAUGAAUGUCCAGUUAUAUUAGGUUCGGGUUGUACUCAUAACUUUCAUCUUCAUUGUAUUUUUAAAUGGUUAGAACAAGAAUCUUCAAAGGGAUUGUGUCCUAUGUGUAGACAAAUUUUUACUUUCAAGCCAUUAAUUACAAAUAAUGAAUCAAAAGGAGAAUAUGUGAAUUUGAAAACGUUAAUAGAUGGUCAUAAGGUAAUGAGAGAAAGAAUACUGGAAAAUAAUGAAUUUGAGAGUGAUAUUUAA